UGUCACCUGCAUCCGCCAUGCUGCUUUAACAAUACUGCACGGCUACACACGCACGCACGCGCGCGCGCGCGCUCACACACACACGCGCGCACACCCACUGAAAUUCCGUGCUUAUCAGCGACUGUGCAAAAGUCAGCCAGCUUCCUGACAGAGAGGUGAAGUCGUGAUGGCGGAAGAUAUUCAGCAGAAACUUCAGAAGUACCGCACAGCUCCGUUCGACGCCCGUUUCCCAAACCAGAACCAGACCAGGAACUGCUGGCAGAAUUACCUGGAUUAUCACAGAUGCAAUAAAGCACUGGAGGCCAAAGGGGUGGACGUGGCUCCCUGCGACUGGUACAAGAGGGUGUAUAAAUCACUGUGUCCUAUUUCCUGGGUUGAGAAGUGGGACGCACAGCGUGAUGAUGGAACUUUCCCAGGAAAGGUCUGAAGAUCCCUCCAACAUUAAGGAAACCUAAAGUGUGUGUGUGUGUGUGUGUAUAUGUGACGUGACCCUGUUCACCUGCCGAGUGUCUCAGCAGUGCGGGCUGGACCUGUAUAGUCAUGCCUAAUAACAGUGAAAUCAAUGAAUUAAAGCUCUCAGGCCUUGUAACACCA